AGUUUAGUUACGAUUUCGAAAACGACCCGACGCGUCCCGCCGCCGGCGACAAAACCGCCCGAUUUCUCUGACGAAUCCAGUUUCUUUUAACCUUCGUCAAGUUCUCGAAAGUCCUGAUUAUCGAAUUUUGUACUUUUUUGUGAUUGUGAUUUGACUUAAGUGUUUCGUGACACUUUUGGAUUAUUGGCAGUUCCUACUCUUUUGGUUGAAGCCUAUCAUCAGAGCGGCAGUGUUGGUCAAGCCGCGAGCGUAAUGUCCCAAAGCUAGCAAUGGGGGUGUUCGACGAUUUAGCCCCUAGCUUCACGCAGAAGCCCCAGCUGAGGCAGGAGGACGAUGGCAACAAACUCGUCUUCGAAUGCCAGCUGGUCGCGUCGCCCAAGCCAGAGAUCUGCUGGUUUAGGAGCGAUGAACUGCUCAAAGAAGAUAAUAGGACCAAGUUCAAGAUCCAGAGCAUCGCCAACAACAAGUUCCUGGUGGUGCUUGAGUUAGAUGACGUGAUCGAGACCGACGCGGGGCUGUACAAAGUCAAGGCUAAGAAUAAGAUGGGCGAGGUGGCCGCAUCCAUCAAUCUUAACUUCAGCCCCGCUGACGAAGAAAAACAGAAACAAGUGGACGGUAAAGCGCCAACAUUCGCGCGCAAGCCGGCCAUCCGGCAGGAAGACGAUGGCAAGCGGCUUAUAUUCGAGUGCCGCAUUGAAGCCGAGCCCGUGCCCCAGGUCGCCUGGUUCCACAACGGCGUGGAGGUCAAUCCAGGAGCAAGGCAUAAGCUAACAGUUAGCAAAGAAACAAAAUCCUACUAUGCCUCCCUGGAGAUCAAUAAUGUAACCGUUGAGGAUGCUGGGAAAUACAGGGUGACGGCUAAGAACGAACUCGGCGAGAGUAAUGCCACGAUCAGUUUGAACUUCGAUAGCGACGAAGCGCCCGUACCUGAGGACUUUAUCAAACCGACCUUUACGGAGAGACCGGUCAUCAGGCAAUCGGAUGAUGGUACCAAAAUCUCAUUCGAAUGUCGAUGUGUUGGCAAACCGAAACCAACCAUCACAUGGUACCAUGGAAAAAAGAUGGUAAAAGAAAGUAGUAGAUAUAAAAUAACGUUAGAAGAGGACCAAACAUUAUAUCAUAUGGCGCGACUCGAAAUCUUAGGCGUUGAGAAUUCGGACCGAGGAGAAUACAGGGCUGUUGCGAAAAACAAACAUGGUGAAGGCGUAGCGAAAAUUAAUCUAAACUUUGAAGGUGGAGACAAACCGAAAAUACCCGACGGUAAAGCACCGAGAUUCCCUAAAAAGCCAACCAUUAGACAGGAAGGCGAAGUCCUUAUAAUGGAAUGUAUAUUAGAAGCAUAUCCAGUUCCAGACAUCACGUGGUUCCACGGAGAUAAAGAAAUUAGGGAUGGUGCAAAAAUGAAGAUGUCCAGAAAAGCUACCGGAAAAGAUUCAUUUAAUUUGACGUUAGAAAUUUUAGGCCCCACGCGGGAAGAUGGGGGCAAUUAUAGGUGUAACGCCUUCAACUUGUUUGGCGAGAGUAAUGCCAACAUUGCUCUCAAUUUCCAAGGUGGGGAUGACGAAAAUGGUUUCCCACCAUCAUUCGUGGAGAAACCCAGAAUCAUUCCCAACGAGGAUGGCACACUCAUUACGAUGCGCUGUGUCUGCAAAGCAAAACCGGCGGCCGAAGUCACGUGGUACAGAGGCUCGACCGUCAUCAAGGCUAGCAGUAAAAUCGAAAUCAGAUCUUCCGAGUUAGGAGAGGAUACAUAUGAGUUAUUGUUGCUUUUGACAAACCCGACGGCAGCGGAUGGUGGUGCUUACCGCUGUCACGUCGGCAAUGAAUUUGGCGAAAGCAACGCUAAUCUCAAUUUGAACAUUGAGGCUGAACCGGAACCGGAAGGUGAAGGGCCGACAUUUGUUGAAAAGCCAACGAUCCAAUCUAAGGACAAUGGCAAACUAGUUAUAAUGGGAUGCAAGGUCAAAGCUAGCCCGCGACCGACGAUCGUGUGGUACCACGAGGGUAAAGAAAUCAGGGACUCGUCGAAAAUUAAGACCAGGGUCGAAGUAAAAGAGGACAUCUACACAAUCAUAUUGGAAUUAAUCGAUCCUGGUAUGGAAGACUCCGGAUUGUAUAAAUGCAAUAUUAAAAAUGAACUUGGAGAGCUCAAUGCGAAUCUUACGCUCAAUAUUGAAAUCAUUCCAGUUAUCAAAGAGAAACCAAAGAUCAUUAAGAUAGUUAAGAAGAAGACUGUUAUUGUUGAAUGUAAAGUAUUAAGUAAAUUUGCACCGGCAUGUACUUGGUUCAAGGAGACUAGCGCCGUCAAAGAGGACUCAAGGCACACUGUUCUUAUUGAACCUAGUAGAGAGGGUGAAUUCACAGUCAAAUUAGAAAUUUCGAACGUGUCACAACAAGACAAGGGUUCGUACAAACUUGUCGCCAAGAACGAAAAGGGUGAGGCCACGUCACAGCUGGUCGAGAUCACCGACAUACCAGAGGAGAAGGGUGACAAACCACAAAUCAUCAAACAUCUUAGAAGCUUGGCAAGGAAAGAAAACGAAGAAGCUGAAUUCGUAGCUGUCCUGAAGAGCUCAGACCAGUCGUGCAGAUGCACAUGGUACAAGAACUCGACUGUUAUCAGGGACUCCUCUGAAGUAAACACCUCAUUCGAUGGCACCAACGCCAGGCUGAUCAUCAGGAAGGUGUCAACCAAAUACGUCGCCAACUACAGAGUGGUGAUCAAGAACGAAUUUGGUGAAGACGAGUCGAGUGCCGACUUGACUAUUGUUGAGGAAAAGAAAAAGAAGAAGGAGGAAGAGGAGGAAGAAACAACAGUUAUUGAAGAGUCUGAGGAAGAGAUGUCGAUUGUAGAAGAGAAAUCCGUAAUCGAAGAAAACCACGUCGAAGAGAAAAAGAAGGAGGAAGAAAAGACAUCCGUCCGAAAAAUGUCAAAGAAGGAAGAAACAAAGGUUGAAGAAAAGAAAGAAGAGGUCAAGAUUGAGGCCAAGAAAGCAGAAUCUAAAGUUGAAACCAAAAAGGUUGAAGCUAAAGUGCAAGAAACAAAGAAAGCCGAAGUUGAGGCUGAGGAAACCAGGAAGAUUCUAGAAAAGAGGGCCUCUAAAUCCGAAGAAGAAAAGAAGGCUAUUCUAGAAAAACUUGAGAAGAAGAAGCCAGAACCUGAACCGGAAAAGAAAAUUGAAGGCAUUCCAAAACUUAGGUCCGUCAAGCCUAAGGAAGAACCUGUUGAGGAAAAGAAAGAAGAAGUCAAGAAGACGACUGGAGAAAAGAAGAAGGUCGUCAAAAAGAAGGUCGUUGCUAAAAAGGAUGAGGAUAUUAUCGACUUCGUCGACGAUUACGAGCGACCAGUAUUGGAGAAAUAUGAAAAGAUUACACCAACGCCGCUUGAUAAAAAAGCUAAAGAGGAUCACACACCUAAGGGUAAACGCGCAUCUAUCGCUGAUAGUGUUAAAAGUGAACAAGACAGUGAGGAAGAACCCUCAAUGGCUGCGCCUGCUCCGGAGAAAAAGUCUAAAGUAGAACCGACAAAGGUUGAGGAAGAAAAACCAGAACCUAGACGGCCCAGUAUUAAAAAGGGAAUACCUAAACCGGAAGAACCGGUGGACGAGCUAUCUAAGGUCAUACUCGGAAAGUCUCCUGUUAAACCAGAGGAGACUAAACUUGAGGAACCACAGGUAGCAAAGACCAAAAAACUGGUCAAAAAGCCUGGAGAUCAAGCCGAAUUCGUGGAUGAUUAUGAAAGGCCAGAACUCGAAAAAUACGAUAAAUUUACACCAACUCCAAGUGAUAGGACCAAAAAGCAAAAUGGGGUUGACGAGGCCGAACCUGAAUUUGUCGAUGAUUAUCAAAAACCAGAGCUCGAGAAAUAUGAAAAGAUUGCUCCUACACCUAAGGACAAACGUCGUCCUAGUGACACUCAGGAUGAUGUAGACAUGAUGAAGGGCAAAAUUAAACCCAAAGAAAAGGAAGCAGAACCUGAAAUGCCUACACUCCGCAAACGUUCUGUCGCUAAAGACAAGGAGGAGGAGAAAAAGCCAGAGGAAAAACCGAAGGCUAAGCCAAAGAAAAAAGACGAACCGGAAGCUAAAAAACGUCCUUCUCUCAAAGAGAAAGAGGUUGCUGUGGAAGAGUUUGUCGACGAUUACGAGAGACCCGUUCUCGAGAAAUACGAGAAAAUCACGCCAACGCCAAUUGAGAAAAAGAAAAAGGACGAGAAAAAGCCAGAGGAAGAUGAACCUUCCUCCGCUACAGCUACGGCUAGAAGGCGUUCUGUUAAAGACAAAGAUAAGCCAGAGCCUAUGGACGUUGACGAAAGCGUCAGCCUGUCUAAGCCAAAGGCACCAGCUAAACCUGGAAAGGAACCCGAAGACGUUUCUCUUACACACAAAACUCCAGCUGAAAUUAAACCUACGGAGGACGAGGCUGAAGCUAAACUCAGUGUUAAGAAACCUGAAAUUAUCGAGGAAAAGACAAUUAAAAGACCUUCAGCUAAAGAACCAGAAAAGAAGGGAGAGGACACUGAGGAGGCUGUCAGCCUUACCAAGCCUCGAUCUAAGACAAGUACAACCGCCCCAGAAGAGGCACAACUUACACAAAAGACACCUGCUAAGAAAAAGCCAACGGAGGGUACAGAGGCAGCACAAUUGAAAGUCAAAAAGCCAGCGGUGCUUAAAAAGAAUAAGGAAGAUGAGGAUGAGGACCCACUCAUUGUAAAAGGUGGUAAAUUUGAAAAGCCCCAGCUCAAGAAAACUGUUAAGAAGGCAACAGAACAGCCCAAAAAGGCUGUACUUGGUGGCAAAGAGAAUGACGAUGGGAUUGAACUCGACUUUGUCGAUGAUUAUGAAAGGCCAGUACUUGAGAAAUAUGAAAAGAUCACGCCAACUCCCACUGUUAGGGAGAAGAAAGAAAAGGAAGCUACUAAGGUGACGAUGGUUGCCCAACAAGAACAACAUCUCGAAGUGAAGACUGAAAGCCGAAGGACAUCGUUCCAGAGCGAGGUCAAAGAGGAAAUGAAAUCUGAGAGCAGAAGGAGUUCUAUCAUGGAAAACAAGGCUGUCAAGCUUACGAAGGAAACUGCUGAAAGCAGAAAGUCGUCAAUGACCUCUGCCACUGUUGCCGAACAACAAGAAGUCACUGCUUUGAAAAAGACUGCCCAAAAGACAACAGUUAAGGCAGCAGAAGAAGCUAAAAUGGAACAAGUUAAGCUCAAGAAAGUGGCAGUUAAAGAAGAGAAAGUUGAGGAAGAAGCCAAAAAGGCUAAGGUUACCUCAGUCAAGAAGAAGGCUGAGGAUCUGCCAGAAAUCGCAGAUUACGAAAGACCUGAACUUGAGAAAUAUGAAAAGAUGGACUUUACACCAUCAACCAAGGCCAAACCAGAAAAGCCGGUGCCAAAGGUGCCCGAAAUCAAGGCGCCUGAAGAAAAGCCAGCAGCACCCAAGAUUGAGGUCAUCCGGGAAAAAUCCCCGAAACCAGAAAUGCCAAGGAAACCAUCACUCGUACCUGGUGCACCAGUCGGAAGACGUGGUUCCCUCAUUCCUCCUCCAGAGGAAAUGGGAAGACGUCCUUCCCUCAUCAUCAGCGACGAGGAGAAUAGAAAACUAAGACCCGGUGAGGUGAUCGAAGAGAAGAAGCGACGAAAAUCCGGCGAUGCAAGGAGGCCCUCCGUGCAAGAUCUCGAGGACCUCAUCAACAAACCGUCGGUGCCUCUGAAGCCUCUUGGCAGUGGCGGUCCGCCAGUCAUCGUAGAUGUACAAGAGAGCUACUCGGCUGUUGAAGAUCAAACUGGCUACCUCACUGUCCAAGUGGAGGGUAACCCAGCACCCACAUUCAAGUUCUACAAGGGUGUUGGUGAGAUUAUUGAAGGAGGCCGUUUCAAGUUCAUCACCGAUGGUGAAACUGGUCUUGUUACGCUCUGCAUGAGAAAAGUCAAGCCUAACGAUGAAGGCAAAUACAAGAUUGUGGUCAGCAACAUCCACGGAGAGGAUUCGGCUGAGAUGCAGCUUUAUGUAUCCGACUCCAGUGGUAUGGACUUCCGUGCUAUGCUCAAGAAGAGGAAGUACGCCAAGUGGGGCGAGAAGAAAGAGGACCCCGACUGGGGUGACCUCAAGGAGACUGAUAAACCAAUACCACCACUUAAAAAAGUCGAAAAGAAACAAGAGUCGUUCUUGAAGCCCCUCGUAGAUCAAUUCGCUAAAGAAGGCAAGGAUAAGAAGGUUACGUUCGAAGCCAUCUUUACCAAACCCAACUCGAAACCGAAAUGGUUCUUCCGUAAAGAUGAACUAUUCCCCGGAUCCAAGUACAAGAUGACAAACGAACAGGAUUCCUACAAACUGAUCAUCAUGAACCCGAAGGUCGAAGACACGGGUAAAAUCACAAUUGAGAUCGGCGGCAUCACUUGCACAGCCUUCUUGCAAGUCGAUGAACCUGACCCAACAUACACCUUCACGAAGCCACUGAAGAAGACCACCAGUGGUUACACGAAACACGAAUGCGUCUUGGAAUGUACCGUCUCCAACAGUCUCGCUAUUGUCUCCUGGUGGAAGGGAGAAGAGAAAGUGGAAGACGGUGAAAUAUACCAGAUCUCUAAGGACUUGUCUGGAGUAUGCAAGCUGGUCAUCAAGAACUGUAAGUUUGAAGAUGCUGGCAAAUAUACUUGCAAGAUAGAAAAGCAACCUGACAAGACAGAAACUGAAGUAAAGAUUGUCGAAUACCCAUACAAGUUCACCAAGGUACUUAAGUCACAACAAGCUAUUGAGAAGGAUACCAUCACACUUCUUUGCGAGCUUGAUGAUGCUGGUGGUGAUGUCAAAUGGUUUAAGAACGAUGAGCCAUUGAAGACAGACAAGCGCAUCACGAUCGUGAAGGAGGGUCGCAAGCGCAAGGUGGUGAUCAAGGACGCCAAGGUCACCGAUGCUGGCAACUUCAAGUGUGUCAGCAACGCCGAUGAAACAACAUGCGAAUUGAUUGUCAAUUACUCGAAUCGCUUCAACAAGAAGUUGAAGGACACAGAAGCAAUUGAGAGGGACAGAAUUGUCAUGGAAGUUGAGUUGCAGGACCAGACUGCGGAAGCCGUUUGGUCUUUCAACGGACAACCUAUUGUUCCUAAUGACAGAAUUGAAAUCAAGAACUUGGGCGGUGGUAAACACCAGCUGAUCUUCAACAAACUGGAGAUGGAAGAUGACGGCGAGAUUCUCUGCGAGUCUGGCAAGCUGAGCUCAUCGUGCAAGCUGACCGUCAAGAAGGGCGAGUCCAAGCCCUCUAUCGAAUGUCCGGAUGAAUUCCACGGACCCGCUGACCGACCUUUCGUCAUUGAGGUGCCUUAUAAAAUUACCGGCACCCGACAGACACCAAUUGAAGCUAAAUUGUGGAAGGACGGAAAAGCCCUGCCCGCCAAAGAAGUUGAGGCAGUGGUUGAGCAAGAGAAGGUUCUCUUCAAGAUAAAGAAGCCAAGCAGAGAUGCUUCUGGCAAAUUUGAAAUUAAGCUGUCCAACGCCCAAGGUGAAGACUCGAAGAGUGUCACUAUUACCAUGCAGAGCGUCCCGACGCCGCCUCAAGAUGUGCAGGUCACGGAAGUCUUCCAGACUUCUUGUAUCGUUGCAUGGAAGACGCCACAGGACGAUGGUGGAUCUGCACUCGUCAAAUACGUCAUUGAGAGACAGGACAUGUCUCUCAAGGCUGGAUGGGACAAUGUCGCUGAAGUCGCUAUUGGUCAACCAUUGAAAUACAAGGUUGAGGAUCUUAUUCCGAAGAAAACUUACAAGUUCAGGAUUCGGGCUGUGAACAAAGUUGGUUCCAGCGAGCCUGGUCUCUUCGCCAAGCCUGUGCUGGCUAAGGACCCAUGGGAUGAACCAUCGAAGCCCAAGAAUGUUGAGCUUAAGGACUGGAACAAGGAUCACGCUAUCCUUAAAUGGCAGAAGCCUGAUAGUGAUGGCGGUGCGCCAAUCACUGGCUACGUCAUUGAGUACAAGGAGAAAUUCGGCAAAGACUGGGUAGCCGGCAAAGAGGUACCUGGUGACUGCCUGGAAGCUACCCAGGAUGGCCUCAAGGAAGGAUGCACCUACGAAUUCAGAGUACGUGCCAUCAACAAGGCUGGACCUGGUGAACCUAGUGACGCGACUAAACCUAUUGUCGCUAAGUGCCGAUUUGUCAAGCCAUUCAUCGUUGGAGAGGGUCUCCAGAGCAUGAUCAUCAAGAAGGGACAGGUCAUCACCUUCGACAUCAAGUACGGUGGUGAGCCUGAACCCGAGGUUAAAUGGAUGAAGGGAGAAGAGAAACGCGGCAAGCCGUACACUGAAAAGGAGAUCCGUGACGACGGCGAUCGUAUCACCAUUGACAAGUACGAGAGGAACACCGUACUGACAGUCAGGAGGACCACCAGGCCCGACAGUGGCAAGUACAAGCUGGUGCUCACCAACUCGUCCGGUACUUGUGAAAGUAUUGGAGAUGUUGUUGUACUUGACAAACCCAACCGUCCUAAUGGCCCGAUUGAGAUCACGGACAUCCGUGCCGAGAAGGCCACAGUCAAAUGGCAGAAGCCUGAUGACUGGCAAGGAUCAGACAUCACGGGAUACACCCUCGAGAAGAUGGACAUGGAUACCGGCAACUGGGUACCUUGUGGUGAAACUGGACCUGAACCGACAGAAUUCACUGUCAAGGGUCUUACACCGAACCACAAGUACAAGUUCAGGGUUCGCGCUGUCAACAAGGAAGGCGAGUCCGAGCCGUUGGAGACUGACGGCUUCAUUGUCGCCAAGAACCCAUACGACCCACCGAAGGCACCUGGCAAGCCGGUGAUCACCGACUACGACAACAUGUCAGUGACCUUGCAAUGGGAGCCGCCAUCAGACAACGGUGGCAGACCGAUCCUCGGAUACGUCGUGGAGAUGAAGGACAAAUUCGCUCCCGACUGGAUUGAGGUUACCAAGACAAAUGAUACCAAGACCGAAUACAAGGUUGAAGGUCUCAAGGAGAAGAUGGUGUACCAGUUCCGUGUGAAGGCUUACAACAAGGCUGGUGUUGGUGAAGCUUCACAGCCCACCGAUAACCAUCUCUGCAAGCACAAGAACUUGAAGCCACGCAUUGAGCGCAGCACCUUCAAGUCGGUGAUCAUCAAGGCAGGCCGCACUCACAAGUGGUCUGUGGAUGUCAUCGGUGAACCUCCACCGGAGAUGACUUGGUCUUGGCGCGACAACAUCAAGCUUGUCAACACGGAGCGCAUUAAGAUCGAGAACAAGGAAUACCACACGGACUUCACCAUCGUGAACGCCGUCCGCCGCGACACCGGCAAAUACAAGCUCCGCGCUGAGAACUGCAACGGUUUCGAUGAGGAGACCGUCGAGCUGACUGUGCUUAGCAAGCCCAGCGCGCCUAAGGGACCAUUGGAAGUGACAGACAUCAACGCCGAAGGCUGCAAGGUCAAAUGGGAGAAGCCGGAUGAUGAUGGUGGCUCUCCCGUCAAGGAGUACGAACUCGAAAAGAUGGACGUCGCCACUGGCAAAUGGGUCAGGGUUGGCAGGGUUGCUGGAGACAAGAAGCCUCUAGAAAUGGAGGUGACAGGUCUGGAGCCCGGCCACCAGUACAAGUUCCGUGUGACGGCCGUCAACGACGAGGGUGACUCCGAGCCGCUCGAGACCGAGCGCGCUAUCCUCGCUAAGAAUCCCUUCGACGUAUCAGACAAGCCUGGCAACGUGGAAGUCGCCGAUCACGACAACCAGAGCGCGGACAUCAAGUGGGACCCGCCCAAGGACGACGGCGGCGCCCCCGUCCUCAAGUACAUUAUACAGAAGAAGCCCAAGGGCGGAGACUGGGAGAAUGCUGCUGAGGUACCUGGAAACCAGACCUCAGCGAAGGUGGACGGUCUGCCGGAAGGUAGCGAGUACCAGUUCCGCGUGGUCGCCGUCAACAAGGCUGGACCCUCGGAGCCGUCGGACCCCACCAAGAUGACUACCAUCAGGCACAAAGCCCUGAAGCCCCGCAUUGACCGCACGAACCUCAAGGCCCUGGCGGUACGCGCCGGCAAGCCUAUCUUCUUCGACGUCAACGUUAAAGGAGAACCCGCACCCAAGGUGCAGUGGUUCCAGAAGUGGAAGGCUGAUGAGACGGAGGUAAAAGAAAACGUGAUCAACGUAGACUACAACACCAAGCUGGACAUCAAGGAGUCUGUCCGCGCCAUGACCGGUACCUACCGCAUCCUGGCCACCAACGAGCAUGGUACUGACGAGGCCGAAGUGGAGAUCACUGUGCUCUCCGCUCCCGGCAAACCUGGAGGACCGUUGAAGGUCGCUGACGUCACCAAGAACGGCUGCAAGCUGUCCUGGAAGAAGCCUGAAGAUGAUGGUGGUAAACCAGUAACCGGUUACGUUGUUGAGAAACUCAAUAAGGCCACCGGCCGCUGGGUGCCGGUCGGCAAGACCGAUGACACCGAGAUGGAGAUCAAGGGUCUGCAGGAGGGCGAGGAGUACGAGUUCAGGGUCAAGGCUGUCAAUGAUGAAGGGGAAUCCGAACCCCUCAAGACUGACCACUCUAUCAUCGCUAAGAAUCCUUACGACGUGCCCGGCAAGCCCUCGGUGCCCACCAUCGAGGACUGGGACGUGGACCGCGUGGACCUCAAGUGGGAGGCGCCCAAGAACAACGGGGGGGCUCCCAUCACCGGGUACAUCAUCGAGAAGAAGGAGAAGUACGGCUCCUGGACAGAGGCGCUUGUUACUACGACGCCAGAAUGCAAGGCUCGCGUGCCGGACCUUCGCGAAGGCAACGUGUACCAGUUCCGCGUGAAGGCCGUCAACAAGGCCGGCCCCGGAGAACCUGGAGAUGCCACGCAACCGCACACCGCUAAGGCUAGAUUCUUGAAGCCUCACAUCAACCGCGACAAGAUGACGGCUAUCCGCGUCCGCGCUGGUACCACCAUCAAAUUGGACGUCGACAUCAAGGGUGAACCCCCACCAUCCAAGACCUGGACCUUCGCCAAGAAGGUGCUGGAAACCGGCCCCGGCAUCAAGAUCGAGAACGAGGACUACAACACUAAGAUGCAGAUCUUCGACUCGACGUGGGCGAACUCGGGCGUGUACACGCUCAAGGCCGAGAACGAGUCGGGAGUCGACGAGGCUACCGUCGAGAUUACUGUGUUGGACAAACCCGGCAAGCCGGAAGGUCCACUUGAAGUGUCAGACGUGCACGCUGACCACGUGAAGCUGAAGUGGAACAAGCCAAAGCACACCGGCGGCUUGCCGCUCAGCGCCUACGUGGUGGAGAAGAUGGACACCCUCACCGGCAAGUGGGUGCCGGCUGGUACUGUGGACCCUAGUACCACGGAGGCUACUGUUACUGGUCUCGAAGCGGGUCACACAUACCAGUUCCGCGUGAAGGCCUUGAACGAGGAAGGCGAAUCAGAGCCCCUGGAUACCGACCACGGCAUCUUAGCCAAGAACCCGUACGACGUCCCGUGCCCGCCCGGCCUGCCCGAUAUCGUGGACUGGGACGAGAAGUCCGCCAAGCUCAAGUGGGAGCCGCCCAUCAGGGACAACGGGGCACCCAUCACUGGGUACAUCAUCGAAGUCAUGGACAGGGAUCGGGGAGAGUUUGUUAAGGCUGCCGAGAUCCAGGGCAACAUCUGCCAGGGCACCGUCCCCCGCCUGGAGGAGGGCAACCAGUACCAGUUCCGCGUGCGCGCUCUCAACAAGGCCGGACAGUCUGAGCCUUCCGAGAACACCAACUGGCAUACUGCUAAGCCAAGAUUCUUGAAACCAAGAAUCGACCGCACAAACCUGAACCCGCUGACAGUGAAGGCUGGUCUCCCAGUCUCACUCGACGUCAAGGUCUUCGGUGAACCUCCAGCGAAGGUCACAUGGUACUUCAAGGGCGAGGAGUUGCAGAACAGGGAGAACCUGGAAAUCAUAAAUGUGGACUAUAAUACUAAGUUCUUGAUGACCAAGUGCAAGAGGGCGCAGACUGGAAAGUAUGUGAUCAAGGCUAAGAACGAGGUUGGUGAAGAUGAGGCUGAGAUUGAGAUUACUGUUCUUGGCAAACCAUCGAAACCUCAAGGACCUCUGGAAGUGUCUGACGUCACUAAGAACGGCUGCACCCUCACUUGGAAGAAACCGGAAGACGAUGGCGGCUCGCCCAUCGAGUACUACGAGAUCGAGAAACUUGACCCGCUUACUGGACAAUGGAUCCCGUGCGGCACAGCCAAGGACUGCAAGGCUAACGUCACCGGUCUGUCCGAGGGCAAACCUUACAAGUUCCGCGUCAAGGCCGUCAACAAGGAAGGCGAGUCUGAGGAGUUGGAGACGGAGAAGCCUAUCAUCGCUAAGAAUCCAUACGACGAGCCCGGCAAGCCCGGUCGUCCGGAGCCCCGCAACUGGGACAAGGACUUCGUGGAACUGGAAUGGACUCCGCCCAAGAACGACGGUGGAGCACCCAUCACUGGCUACAUCGUGCAGAAGAGAGAGAAGGGCGGAAGGUCCUGGUCUGACUGCUUGAAGACGACGGGUGACCGUCCUACCGGUCGCGUGACCGAUGUGGAAGAGGGCCAUGAGUACGAGUUCCGCGUGAUGGCCGUCAACAAGGCCGGACCUGGAGAACCCUCCGAUCCCAGCAAGAGUGUCAUCGCUAAACCUCGUUUCUUGGCACCAAAGAUCGACCGCAAAGACUUACAAAAGAAGAAGAUCAAGGUCGGAUCCCCCCUCAAAAUGGAAGCCGACGUCAAGGGUGAACCAGAACCCACAAUCACUUGGACCUUCAAGGGCGAGGUCCUGAAGGCCCAAGAGAGGCUGAAGAUUGAGAACAAGGACUACCACACGUCCUUCGCCAUGCAGAAGAUGACCAGAGCUGACGCUGGCAAAUAUGUGGUGACAGCUAAGAACGACUCUGGUACUGAUACCGUUGAGAUUGAAGUUGAGGUUGUUAGCAAGCCAUCGAAGCCUAAAGGACCUCUUAAGGUAUCUGACGUGAAAGCCGACGGCUGCAAACUCAAAUGGGAGCCUCCCGAAGACGACGGAGGCGAGCCCAUCGAGAACUACGUGGUCGAGCGCAUGGACACCGAGUCCGGACGCUGGGUCCCGGUCUGUACUACCAAGACCCCUGAAGCUGAUGUCACCGGCCUCAAUGAGGGCAAGGACUACCUGUUCAGGGUGAAGGCUGUUAAUCCUGAGGGAGAGAGCGAGCCGCUCGUUACUGAUGCUGCAAUUACCGCUAAGAAUCCUUAUGGCGAGCCCGAUGCCCCCGGCAAGCCGGAGUUCAAGGACUGGAGCAAGGACCACGCCGACCUCAAGUGGGAGGCGCCCAAGAACGACGGCGGCGCCCCCAUCACCGCCUACAUCGUGGAGAAGAAGGACCGCGACACCGGCAAGUGGGUGAAGGCGGCUGAGGUGCCCGGCAACAAGACCGAGGCCCGCGUGCCCGACCUGAUCGAAGGCAAGACCUACCAGUUCCGCGUGAAGGCCGUCAACAAGGCCGGCCCCGGCAAGGCGUCCGCGCCUUCCGAGAACCUGCUCGCUAAGGACAGAUUUGCCCCACCAAAGAUCGACCGCACGAACAUGCGCGACAUCACGAUCAAGGCGGGACAGAACAUCAGGCUCGACGUCAAGGUCAGCGGUGAACCUCCGCCGACCAAGACUUGGUUCCACAACAAGGAACGUCUAUCCACUCGCGACGACCUCACCGUCGACGUGGAAGACUACAGGACCAAGCUGUCCAUGGUCAUAGCUAGCCGCAAGCACAGCGGCACGUACGUACUGAAGGCCGAGAACAGCAGCGGCAAGGACGAGGCCACCAUACAGAUCAAUGUACUCGAUGUACCGGCUAAACCUGAGGGACCGCUUAAGAUCUCAGACGUCCACAAGGAAGGCUGUACAUUGAAAUGGAACCCGCCGCUAGACGACGGCGGCGCCCCCAUCGACCACUACCUCGUGGAGAAGCUCGACACCGAGACCGGCCGCUGGAUGCCGGCCCUCAAGACCAAGGACCCCAAGGCCGAGAUCGAGAACCUGGUGCCCGGACACGAGUACAAGUUCAGAGUGUCCGCUGUUAACAAUGAAGGUGUCUCCGAGCCGCUCGAAGCUGAUCAUUCGAUCAUCGCUAAGAAUCCCUUCGACGAGCCCGGCAAACCAGGCACACCGGAAGUGGUGGACUGGGACAAGGACCACGUGGACCUCAAGUGGGAGAAGCCCCUCAAGGACGGCGGUGCUCCCAUCACCGGUUACAUCAUCGAGAAGAGAGAGAAGGGAUCGCCCAAGUGGGUGAAAGCCUGCGAGGUUGGUCCCAACGACAACGAGAAGGCCACUGUCCCGAACCUGGACGAGGGUACGGAGUACGAGUUCCGCGUGAAGGCCGUCAACGAGGCCGGCCCCGGAGAACCCUCGGACGCCAGCAAGUCUGUCGUAUGCAAGCCUAGGAGAUUGGCACCGAAGAUCGACCGCCGCAACCUCCGCAGCAUCAAGGUCCGCGAGGGCGAGCCCAUCUCGCUCGACGUCAAGGUCUCAGGAGAGCCCGCGCCUGACGUCACGUGGACCCUCAAUGGAAAGUCCGUCAGCAGCGGUAAUGGUCUCAAGUUGGUGAACGUCCCGUACUUGAGCAAGUACCAGCACGCGAGCCCGCGCCGCAAGGACUCGGGCACGUACAAGAUACAGGCCGUCAACAAGUACGGACAGGACACCGCCGAGCUAGAGAUCAUUGUCACAUCAAAACCAGAGAAACCCGAAGGUCCCCUCGAAGUAUCGGACAUUCACAAAGAAGGAUGCACCCUCAAAUGGAAGCGUCCCAAGGACGACGGCGGCGAGCCCAUCGAGGCGUACCUCGUGGAGAAGUACGACACCGAGACUGGCACCUGGCUGCCCGUCGGGAAGACGCAUGGCAAUGUGCCAGAGAUGGAGGUCGAUGGCUUGACCCCCGGCCACGAGUACAAGUUCCGCGUCAAGGCUAUCAACAAGGAAGGCGAGUCGGAGCCGCUUGAAACAUUCGGCUCUAUCAUCGCCAAGGAUCCCUUCACAAUCCCCGACGCCCCUGGCGCGCCGGUCCCGGACGACUGGUCGGCCAGCCACGUGGACCUCAAGUGGGAGCCGCCGCUGUCCGACGGCGGGUCACCCAUCAUCGGCUACAUCGUCGAGAAGAAGGACAAGUACAGCCCGCUGUGGGAGAAGGCCGUCGAGACACACACGCCCACACCCACUGCUACUGUCAAUGGCUUGAUCGAAGGCAACGAGUACCAGUUCCGAGUGAUCGCCAUCAACAAGGCCGGCCAGAGCAAGCCCUCGGAGGCCAGCAAGAACUUCGUGGCCAAGCCUCGGUUCUUGGCUCCGAAGAUCGACAGGAGACACCUCCGGGAUGUCACCAUCUCCGCCGGCUCCACGCUGAAGAUGGAGGCCGCCAUCACCGGAGAACCAGCCCCGGCUGUUGAAUGGAGAUUCCAGAACAUGCCUCUUCGUCCAUCCAAGGCGGUGAUGAUCGACAGCCCCGACUACUUCACGAAGCUGGUCAUCCGUCCAGCUCGUAGAGACGACUCGGGUGAAUACACCGUCACCGCAGUCAACUCCAGCGGUAAAGACACGGUUACCGUCAAAGUAUUGGUCACUGAUAAGCCGAUGAAGCCGGAAGGACCUUUACAGAUCUCGGACGUCCACAAGGAGGGCGCGACUCUCAAAUGGAAGCGCCCCAAGGACGACGGCGGCGCCCCCAUCGAGUACUACCAGGUCGACAAGCUCGACACCGAGACCGGCUGCUGGGUGCCCUGUGCGAGGUCGGAUGAACCUAAGUGUGACGUCACCGGCUUGACUCCCGGAAAGGAGUACAAGUUCCGCGUGUCCGCCGUGAACUCGGAGGGCGAGUCUGAACCAUUGACUUCGGAGGAGUCUAUCAUCGCCAAGAAUCCCUUCGACGAACCUGGCGCACCAGGAACACCCUCCGUCACGGACUGGGACAAGGACCACGUGGACCUCAAGUGGAGUCCCCCGAGGGAAGACGGCGGAGCCCCCAUCGAGGCCUACAUCGUGGAGAAGAAGGACAAGUUCGGCAACUGGGAGAAGGCCGUCGAGGUGCCCGCGGAUAAGACCACCUGCACUGUGCCCGAUCUGAUUGAAGGACAGACUUAUGAGUUCAGAGUCCGCGCAGUCAACAAGGCUGGCCCCGGCGAGCCAAGCGACAGCACUCACCCGAUCGUCGCCAAGCCCAGAAACCUGGCGCCCAAGAUCGACAGGACCAACCUCAUCGAUGUCAAGAUCAAGGUCGGACAGAAGUUCGGCUUUGAUGUCAAGGUAUCCGGAGAACCGAUGCCCGAGACCAAAUGGUUCCUUGCCAAGAAGGAGGUCAAGUCGGGUGGUGACGUUAAAGUGCAACACUCGGACUACAACACUAAGAUCAACUGCAAGUCCGCGAGGCGAGGUGAUAGUGGUCGCUACACUAUUACUGCUGAGAACAGCAAUGGAAAGGAUGUGGCCGAAGUCGAAGUUAUUGUAUUGGAUGUGCCUAGCCCGCCUGGAGGACCACUCAAGGUAUCAGACGUCCACGCAAACGGCGCCAAGCUAUCCUGGAACCCGCCCUCAGACGACGGCGGCCAGCCCAUCGAGAAGUACGUGGUGGAGCGCAUGGACGAGGCCACGGGCCGCUGGGUCACCGCCGGCGAGACCGACGGGCCCAAGACCAGCCUCGCCGUCGACGGCCUCACCCCCGGACACAAGUACAAGUUCAGGGUCCGAGCUGUCAAUAGGCAAGGCAAGUCCGAGCCCCUCACCACACCACACGCCACUGAGGCCAAGAAUCCGUUCGACGUCGCCGGCAAGCCUGGCACGCCCAAGAUCAAGGACUUCGACAGAGACUUCGUCGAACUCGAAUGGACCCGCCCACAGACCGAUGGUGGAUCUCCAAUCACCGGCUACGUCAUCGAGAAGAAGGACAGGUUCGCUCCCGACUGGGAGGAAUGCGCACAGAUCGAAGGUGACGUCACUACUGGCAAGGUCCCAGACCUCAUCGAAGGCAACACCUACGAGUUCCGCGUCCGCGCCGUCAACAAGGCCGGCAAGGGUGAGCCCAGCGAUGGCACCGCCCCGCAUCUCGCCCGGCCCAAGAACCUUGCUCCCAAGAUCGACAGGAACUUCAUGUUCGACAUUAAGGUCAAGGUUGGAGCUAACUUCGAGCUCGACGUGCCGGUCGCUGGUGAACCCACUCCUACCAAGGAAUGGUUCAAUGGUGAUAACCUCGUCAUGAACAGUGACAGGAUUAAGAUCGUAAACGACACGCACAGCACAAAGAUUCGCGUCAUUGACGCCAAGAGGGCUGACACUGGUGUGUACACGCUUAAGGCGAGGAACAUCAAUGGCACAGACUCUGCUACAGUUAAGAUUACCGUCAUGGACGUACCCACGCCGCCUGAAGGCCCGCUCCGCGCUGACGACAUCACCAAGUCCGGCUGCACGCUGCGCUGGAGGCCGCCUAAGGAUGACGGUGGAAGCGAAAUCUCGCACUACGUCGUCGAGAAAAUGGACCAAGAAAACAUGCGCUGGAUCCCAGCCGGUGAGGUACAGUCCUGCAGCAUCAGGAUUGACCACCUCAUCGAAGGACACGACUACAACUUCAGAGUCCGCGCCGUCAACAAACACGGCGAGUCUCAACCACUCACCGGACAGGAACCUAUCACUGCCAAGGACCCUUACGGAACCCCAGACAAACCAGGAACACCUGUUGUCAAGGACUGGGACAAGGACCACAUGGACCUCGAAUGGGUUCCACCAAAGAAGGACGGUGGAUCUCCAAUCACCGGCUACAUCAUCGAGGCUAAGAAGAGGUACGGACCUUGGGAGGUCGCUGCUACCGUACCUGGUAACAAGACCACUGCCACCGUGCCUAACCUUCAAGAAGGUGAAGAAUACGAGUUCAGGGUCAUCGCUGUCAACAAAGCCGGAAACGGUGAGCCUAGCGAUGCUUCCACACCACAGGUGGCGAAGGCCAGGUUCUGCGCGCCACACUUCGACAAAAUGCUACUCGCAGACAAGACUGUCAAGGCUGGCCAGAGGAUCCAAUACGAGAUCCCGAUAGAAGCUUCACCUAAGCCGACAGUCGAAUGGCAGAUCAACGGCAAAGUGGUUCAUCCUUCAGACAGGAUCGAUAUUCAGAUAUUGCACAACAGGGUCAUUCUAGACAUUCCAUUCUCCGUCCGCGCUGAUGGAGGCGUUUACAAGCUGACCUUGAAGAACGAUCUUGGAGUUUGCUCCGCUGCAGCUCAAGUCACUGUUCUUGACAGACCAUCGAGGCCCGAGAAGCCUCUGGUUGUCUCUGACGUCACUAAGGAGUCAUGCUCGCUCACAUGGAAGGUACCACUGGACGACGGUGGUUCACCCAUCCUGCACUACGUUAUUGAGAAGAUGGAUCUGUCUCGUGGUACAUGGUCCGAUGCUGGCAUGAGCACGUUCCUGUCCCACCAGAUAACCAGGCUGAUUCACAUGAAGGAAUACCUGUUCAGAGUUAGCGCUGUCAACGCUAUCGGUCAGUCUGAACCAUUAGAAUUAGACCGUGCUAUUGUCGCUAAGAACGAAUUCGACGAGCCUUCCGCUCCUGGCAAACCUAAAGCCACUGACUGGAGCAAGAGCCACGUUGACCUCGAAUGGGACAAACCCAAAUCUGAUGGUGGUUCGCCAAUCACUGGCUACAUCAUUCAGAAGAAGGAGAAGGGCAGCCCAUACUGGGUGAACGCCGUCCAUGUUCCUCCUAGCAAGACCAAGGCCACAGUACCAGAUCUUACCGAAGGCCAAGACUACGAGUUCCGCGUGAUUGCGGUCAACCAGGCCGGACAAUCCGAGCCCAGUGAGCCUUCUGACAUCAUCACUGCUAAGGACAGAUUCGUCGCACCUAAGAUUCUCACACCUCUUAAGGAGAUCCGCAUUAAGGCUGGACUUAUCUUCCACUGCGACAUUGACUUCAUUGGAGAACCUAUUCCUGAAGUUACAUGGACUUGUGAUGGCAAACCGGUUGUUGCUAACGAGAGGACAACAGUGACAUCUGUUGGACACCACACUAUUGUACACACGGUCAACUGCAAGCGCUCAGACGCUGGCAAGUACCACCUGAAACUGAAGAACGACUCUGGUACUGAUGAGGGAACCUUCGAGGUCAUCGUUCUCGAUGUGCCCGCCCCACCAGAACCUCCAUUCGUUUACGAGGAAAUUACAGCGCAAUCUGUCACGUUGUCAUGGAAACCACCUAAAGACAACGGCGGCAGUGAGCUUACUGCUUACGUCAUUGAGAAGCGUGACUUGACGCACGGUGGUGGAUGGGUACCAGCUGUUACCUACAUUAACCCGAAGUUCAACCACGCGACUGUACCGCGCUUGUCUGAGGGCACGAAAUACGAAUUCAGAGUGUUCGCUGAAAACUUGCAAGGACGCUCUGAGCCUCUGACCAUUGACAAACCAAUCAUUGCCAAGAACCAGUACACAGUACCCGGCAAGCCUGGAAAGCCAGAGCUGGUCGCUGCAGACAAGGAUCACAUUAACAUCAGAUGGUCUUCGCCAAUCUCGAACGGAGGAUCCAACAUUAUUGGAUACGAUAUCGAGAGGAGGGACAAGGCUACUGGCCGCUGGAUCAAGAUGAACAAGGAACCUGUCAGGCUCAACGAGUACAACGACGACAGGGUACAGGAAGGUCACCAGUACGAAUACAGAGUAUCGGCUGUUAACGCCGCCGGUCCUGGACAGCCUUCUGAUGAAUCCAACGUAUUCAUUGCCAAGCCAAUGAAGGAGAGCCCGAAACUGAGGUUAGACCACCUCAUCGGCAAGAAGAUCAAGGUCCGCGCUGGCGAGCCAAUCAAUAUCAACAUUCCAAUCAGCGGUGCGCCCACACCCACCAUCUCAUGGCACAAGGGAUCCGUUCCUCUUGUACCGUCUCACAGAUUGUCUGCUGAGACCAAGAACGACGAGACGAAACUCUGCAUUGAGAAGUCCGUUCGCGAGGACGCUGGUAAAUACACCAUCACAGCAUCCAAUGCUCAUGGCAAGGAUUCCGCUGACAUUGAAGUCAUUGUUGUCGAUAAACCUGGAGUGCCUAAAGGACCUCUUCUCUGCCAGCCAGUCACACACGACGCUGUCAGCCUAUCUUGGCAGCCGCCCACUGAUGACGGUGGUAGCGAGAUCACUGGCUACGUUGUUGAAGUUGCUGAGUUUGGACUCAACGACUGGCGCACAGUUGCUGGCUUCUGUCCUAAAUGCUCAUUUACUGUUAAGAAUUUGACCGAAGGCAAGAAAUACAUCUUCAGAGUACGUGCUGAGAACUUGUACGGAGUAUCUGACCCCUUGGAGAGCAAGCCUAUUCUGGCGAAGUCGCCAUUCGACCCGCCGGAUGCACCAGACACACCCAAGAUCGCUGGUUACAGCUCAACCAGCUGCUCUCUGGAAUGGGAACCACCAGCGAACUGCGGUGGCAAACCCAUCACUGGAUACUAUGUCGAGAAGAGAGAGCGUGGUGGUGACUGGGUCAGGGUUAACAACUACCCAACACCAAACACAUGCUACACUGUAUCUGACUUGCGUGAGGGUAACCGCUACGAGUUCCGCGUCAUCGCCGUCAACGAGGCCGGACCUGGCAAACCCAGCAAGCCUACUGAACCGAUCACAGCACAGACACAGCGCCUCAAACCGAGCCCGCCGGAAGCGCCCAAACCAGACAGAGUCACCAAGGACUCUGUUACACUGUCCUGGAGGCCACCCAAGAGCGACGGUGGAGCUAAGAUCAAGGGAUACAUCAUCCAACAGAAGGGCAAGGGCGACAAGGACUGGAAGGAUGUCAACGACGUACCUACUCCAAGCCUCGUGCACACAAUACCUAACCUCAAGGAAGGUGCUGAGUACCAGUUCAGGGUCAUCGCCGUCAACGAAGUCGGAAGGUCAGACCCGAGCAAGCCAACAACUGAUAUUACUAUCGCCGAACAGCCCAACAAACCAUGCAUGGACCUCGGUGGAGUCAGAGACAUUACUGUACGCGCUGGAGAAGACUUCUCCAUUCACGUACCAUACACUGGCUUCCCGCAGCCUACCGCUUCAUGGUUCGCUGAUGACAACCUUCUUGACGUUGAAGGCGAUUCUAGAAUAUUCCAGAAGAUCACACCUGAGUCUGCUUCACUGGUUGUCAAGAACGCCAAGAGGUCAGAUGGUGGACAAUACCGCCUGCAACUGCGUAACCCAUCUGGCUUCGACACAGCUACGAUCAAUGUCCGCGUGCUCGACAGGCCCGCUAAGCCUGAGAACCUGCGCGCCGACGAGUUUGAAGGCGAGGCCCUCACAUUGUACUGGAACCCGCCCAAAGACAAUGGCGGCGGCGAGAUUACGAACUACGUCGUUGAGAAACGCGAAGGCCGCACUGCCAACUGGACCAAGGUAUCCGGCUACGUCACCACUCCGUUCCUACGCGUAAAGAACUUGACUGUAGGUAGGGACUACGAGUUCAGGGUUAUGGCUGAGAACCAGUACGGUCAGUCCGACCCAGCCCAGACCACUGAGCCGAUCAAGGCUAGGCAUCCAUUCGACCCGCCUGGCGCGCCUGGAGCUCCUCGCUCCGUGGAGACCACAGAGUCGUCCAUCACCAUCACCUGGACGAAGCCGCGUCACGACGGAGGAUCUCCAAUCACAGGCUACGUCGUCGAAAAGCGUCUCAUCACUGAAGACAAAUGGACGAAGGCAUCUCACGCACACAUUCCCGACACUACCUACAAGGUGACUGGUUUGAUCGAAAACCAUGAGUACGAGUUCCGCGUGUCGGCUAUCAACGCCGCGGGUCAGGGACCAUGGUCUGCCAGCUCUGACGCCAUCAGGGCCUGCGCACCACCCAACUCGCCGAAGAUCACCAGCGAUCUCAGCCUCAGGGACAUCACUGUUAUUGCUGGAGAGGAGAUCAAGAUCACUGUGCCGUUUACUGGCAACCCGAGGCCGAAGGUAUCAUGGAUCGUGAACAACGAGGAAGUUUUCCCGGACAAACGCAUCCGUUUUGUGACGUCUGACGUGGACACGGUGUUCCACAACUCGCCCGCCAAGAGGUCCGACACCGGGUCCUACACUAUUCAGCUGGUUAACAGCGAGGGAUCCGACAGUGCUACAUGCAGGGUACUGGUAGUAGACAGGCCAUCGCCGCCUGUAGGACCACUAGACGUGUCUGACAUCACGCCGGACACGUGCACGUUGUCAUGGAAACCGCCGCUCGACGACGGUGGCUCCCCCAUCACCAACUAUGUUGUUGAGAAGAUGGAUAACAGCGGAGUAUGGUCGAAGAUCUCAUCAUUCGUCCGCAACUGCCACUACAACGUCAUGGGACUGGAACCGAACCGCAAAUACUGGUUCAGAGUACGUGCUGAGAACCAGUACGGAGUAUCUGAGCCAUUGACGCUUGACGAUGCUAUUACUGCCAAGUUCCCAUUCACGAUCCCGGACGCGCCGGGCGUGCCCCGCGUGACGGACUGGGACGGUUCCAGCGCGACCCUCAUCUGGGACAGGCCGCGCUCGGACGGCGGCGCCCGCAUCCAGGGAUACAAGCUCGAGUUCCGCGACGUCCAGGACGGCGUCUGGAACAGUGCCGAUUAUCUCGUCAAGGACUGUACUUACCAGGCAUACAACCUGGAACCAGGCCACGAGUACGAGUUCCGUGUCCGCGCCAAGAACGCGGCCGGCUGGAGCAAGUACUCGUCCAGCUCGCAGCCGUUCAAGGUGCGCGGGCGCAGCAACCCGCCCGCCCCGCCGCGAGCGCCCAGAGUGCUGCGCGUGGGCAAGAACUAUGUCGACCUGUCUUGGGAUCCACCUGCGCAUGAUGGAGGUUCUCGCGUAACCGGCUACAUCAUCGAGCGGCGCGACGUCGGCAGCUCUGUCUGGAUCAAGUGCAACGACUACAACGUGCAGGACACGACCUUCACCGCGCUCAACCUCAACGAGAAGGCUGACUACGAGUUCAGGAUUGUCGCUGUGAAUGCUGCCGGCAAAUCCGAGCCGUCCAGCUGCACGACCCCGGUCCGCACCGGCGAGGAGCUGGGCGGCACGAAGCCGGAGUGGGUGAAGCAGCUGCCGGUCACGCUGUACGCGCCGCUGGGCCGGCCCUAUACGCUGGAGUGCGUGGCCACCGGGAACCCCGUGCCCACCGGCCGCUGGCUCCGGAACGGCAGGGAGCUGGUGCUCGGGACCAGAUUCAUCUCGGAGUCCCGCGAAGGCACGCUGCGGCUGAACAUCACAUCCGCCGCGGAGGCCGACGAGGGUGACUACACGUGCGAGGCCGUCAACAACAUCGGCUUCAUCUACUGCACUGGACAUCUUAAGAUCGGAAACCCGCCACGCAUCACCCGCCUGCCCGGUGACCUCCACCUUCCGGAGCACGACAACACCAAGAUCAAGAUCCUGUACACCGGCGACCAGCCCGCCGACGUGGUCCUCACCAAGGACGGCCACAAGCUGUCCGAGUCUGCGCACUUCAAGUACACAGUGUUCGAUGAUUAUAUCCUCAUCUUCAUUAAGGAUAUCACUAAGGAUGAUAUGGGCAUUUACAAGAUCUCGAUCAAGAACAACUCUGGUGAGACUUCAGACACGUUCUCAGUCACGGUCACCGGCCUGCCCGGACCUCCUCAAGGACCCCUGGAGACCUCAGACAUCUCCCGUCACUCAUGCACCCUCGCAUGGAAGCCUCCCACUUACGACGGAGGACUGCCAGUCACUCACUACGUCAUCGAGAGGAACGAUAUCUCCGGCACUGCCUGGAUAACUAUCGCGUCCUCCGUAAGGGAUACCAAGUUCACUGUGCAAGGGCUGACUGAAGGACAGGAGUAUAACUUCAGGAUACAUGCCGCCAAUGAGAAUGGUACUGGACCGGCCCUUGAGGGUGCUAACCCGAUUAAGGCCAAGGCACCUUACGACCCACCAUCAGCUCCCGGCAUCCCCAAGAUCCUGGAGAUCGGAGGCGACUUCGUUCACCUGGAAUGGGACAAGCCCGAGAGCGAUGGUGGAGCUAGAAUACAAGGCUAUUGGAUAGACAAGCGCGAGGUCGGCAGUAACGCGUGGCAGCGCGUCAACCCGACCCUGUGCCUGCCGACACAGUGGAACUGCGCCAACCUCAUCGAGGGCCGCCAGUACGAGUUCAGGGUCACCGCCCAGAACGAGGCCGGCCUCUCGCCGCCCAGCACCGCCAGCCAACAGGUCAAGGUCGUCGAUCCUAAAGCGGCUACACCGCCAGAGAUCGUGAAGCCACUGAAGAAUGCCAACUGCAUCCAGUACCACAACGCUAAGUUCCAGUGCACCAUCACUGGACAGCCGAAGCCAACCAUCACGUGGUACAAGGGCGCUCGUGAGAUAACCAACGGUCCUCGCCACCGCAUCUGGAGCGAGGGCGACAACCACUUCCUGACCGUCAUGGACGUGUUCGGCGAGGACGCGGACGAGUACGUCUGCCGCGCCGUCAACCGCGCCGGCGUCAAGAGCACGAGGGCUGAGCUGCUGAUCAUGACCGCACCAAAACUGAACGUGCCACCACGGUUCCGCGUGACCGCGUACUUCGACAAGGGCGAGAACGUUGUCAUCAAGAUCCCCUUCACCGGUCACCCGGUGCCGAAGAUCACGUGGGUGCGGGAGGGAGAGACCAUCGAGUCUGGACACCACUACCACGUCGAGAGGAAAGAACGCCACGCGAUCUUGACGAUCCGCGACGCCAGCAAGCUGGACUCCGGCCCGUACAGGAUCACGGCUGAGAACGAGCUCGGACAGGACUCCGCUACCAUUAACGUUGAGAUUAGCGACCGUCCGGACCCGCCUCGCUUCCCAGCGGUGGACAACAUCGGCGUGGACUCCCUGGCCCUCAGCUGGAAGGCGCCCGUCUGGGACGGCGGCUCCGACAUCACCAACUACCUGGUCGAGAAGAGGGAACACCCCAUGUCCAGCUGGAUCAGGGUUGGAAACACCAGGUUCACAACAAUGGCGAUCACUGGCCUAGUACCAGGCAAGCAGUACGAGUUCAGAGUGUACGCCGAGAACAUCUACGGCAGGUCGGAGCCCAGCGAGCCGACCACCCUGGUGCAGACCAAGGCCAUCAUCAAGAAGGAGUUCAAGAAGAAGGAAUACCCUGUCGAUGAAUCCGGCAAACGUAUCCGCACGAACGCCGACCACGGUCCAGUGAAGGACUACGACAGCUACGUGUUCGACAUCUACAGCAAAUACGUGCCGCAGCCCGUGGACAUCAACACGUGCUCCGUCUACGACAAAUACGAUAUACUCGAGGAGAUUGGCACAGGCGCGUUCGGCGUUGUCCACCGCUGCCGCGAGAGGGCGACGGGCAACUACUUCGCCGCCAAGUUCAUACCGGUAGCGGGUGCGAUGGAGAAGGAACUCAUUAAGAAAGAGAUAGACAUCAUGAACCAGCUCCAUCAUAGGAAGCUGAUCAACUUGCACGAUGCCUUCGAAGAUGAUGACGAGAUGGUGCUUAUUUUCGAGUUCUUAUCCGGAGGCGAGUUGUUCGAGCGCAUCACAGAGCCAGGCUACAACAUGUCCGAGGCUGAAGCCGCGCACUACAUGCGGCAAAUAUGCGAGGGCGUGCGACACAUGCACGAACAGAACAUCAUACAUCUUGACCUCAAGCCGGAGAACGUCAUGUGCCAGACGAGGACUGGUACUGAUGUUAAGAUCAUCGACUUCGGCCUAGCCACCAAGUUGGACCCCAACGAGGUCGUCAAGAUAUCGACUGGCACGGCCGAGUUCGCGGCGCCCGAGAUCGUGGAGCGCGAGCCCGUCGGCUUCUACACCGACAUGUGGGCGGUGGGAGUACUGUCUUAUGUGCUUCUCUCCGGCCUAUCACCAUUCGCCGGCAACAACGACAUCGAGACCCUGAAGAACGUGAAGGCCUGCGACUGGGAGUUCGACGAGGAGGCCUUCCAGCACGUGUCUGAUGAUGCCAAGGACUUCAUCAGGAGACUGCUGGUUAAGAACAAGGAGAAGCGUAUGACCGCUCACGAGUGCUUGCUGCACCGCUGGCUGGCGGGCGACGCGGCCGCUGCGCGUACGCACACCAUCGCCGCGAGACGCUACGAGGCCAUGCGCGACAGGCUAAGGCUGCAGUACGAGAACUGGGCGUCAUUCAGACUGCCGAUCGGCAGGCUGAGCGAGUACAGCUCUCUGAGGAAGCUUCUCAUCGAGAAGUGGAAGAUAUACGACGGACAGUUCGACCGCCGGCAAGCCGCCCCACGGUUUGUCAUCAAGCCUCAGUCCGCGUUCUGCUACGAGGGCCAGUCGGUCAAGCUGUACUGCCGCAUCAUCGCCUGCGCCACGCCCACAGUCACCUGGUCCAGGAACAACCACGAAUUGAGGCAGUCCGUCAAGUUUAUGAAGAGGUACGCCGGCGACGACUACUACUUCAUAAUCAACCGUGCGAAGCUCGAGGACCGCGGCGAGUACAUCAUCAGGGCUGAGAACCACUACGGAUUCAGGGAGGAGGUUGUCUUCUUGAAUGUACAACCGGUCCCGAAGGUCCAGCGACAGCACCUGGCGGAGGCCCCGCGGCGGCGCGAGGCGCUGCCCUACACGUUCUGGCAGGAGUCGAGCGAGACGGCGCCCGCCUUCACGUUCCAGCUGCGGCCGCGCGUCAUGCAGGCGCGCGACACCUGCAAGCUGCUCUGCUGUCUCAGUGGCAAGCCCACGCCCACUGUCAAGUGGUACAAAGACAAGCGAGAGCUAUCGAAGUAUGACUACGCGAUGACACAGUCCGACGGCGUGGUGACCCUAGAGAUCAUCGACUGCCAGCCGAGCGACAGCGGCAAGUACACGUGCAUCGCGACCAACGUGCACGGUACCGAUGAGACCAGUUGCGUUGUCAUCGUUGAGGGUGAGGUGACCUCCCCGGAGCAGGCGCAGAUGAUCCACAACUUCCUGCACUCGGGCGACCGGCGCUACAUCGAGAAGCCGAUCAAACCCGCGCCGCCGCCGAUUAUCACCAAGACUAAGGUGACAAUCGACCCGCCCGCAAAGUCCACCCCCAGACCGAAGUACUCUCCACAGAGCUCGGUUGAGGCUAGCAAGAAGAAGUACGGCGGCCUCUCGCGCCUGGACUCCGACACCAGCUCGAGGUCCAGGAGUGCUACCAAGGAACUUAUAUUACCGGCGUCGGACUCGUCGAUGUGCGCGCCGUCGUUCGCGCGCUCGCUGCCGGACGCGCUGCAGGCCCGCGACGGCGCGCCGCUGCUGCUGUCGGCCGCCGUGCGCGGGGACCCCGACCCGCGCGUGCAGUGGCACAAGGACGGCAAGCCGCUGCACUCCUCAGAGGUUGUGGACCUCAAAUACAAGAACGGUGUAGCUUCACUAGCUAUCAACGAGGUGUUCCCUGAGGACGAGGGCGUUUACUCGCUGAAGGCCAUCAACAGCCAGGGCGAGACCGAGACCAAGUGCAAAGUCACUGUUAAACCAAUGGACAGCAGCGCGACGACAGCGGCUGUUAAGUUAGGCGACAAGCCUCCCAGGAUAGUGGACCACGCGCAGUCACAGACCGUCACCGAUGGAGACGCCGUCACGCUAGCCUGCAGGAUUGUUGGCGCGGAACGUUUCGACGUCAUCUGGCUGCACAACAACAAGGAGAUCAAGCCCUCGAAGGACUUCCAGUACUCCAGCGAGGCCAACAUCCACAAGCUACACAUCGCCGAGAUAUUCCCCGAGGAUGCCGGUGUAUACACAUGCGAGGCCUUCAACGACGCCGGCGAGUCGUUCUCGUCGUGCAGCCUCGUGGUCCGCGUGCCGGGCGAGGCGGUGACCACGCCGGCCUACACCGCCUUCCCCGCCUCGGCCACCAUCAACAACGCCGAGCCCGCCGUCUUCAGCACUGAGCUGGAUAAGCCACCACUCCAGCUCCAGUGGUUGAAGGACGGCAAGCCUAUCGACGAGACGUCAGCGCGAUACAAGUUCAUGAUGGAGGGCACCUCCCGCUACAGGCUGGAGAUCGUGAAGGCCAGCCCCGACGACGCCGGCCAGUACCAGGCCCGCGCCGUCGGCUCCAAGGGAGACAGCCUCGCCGCCUUCUACCUGAAUGUCGUCGACCACUAAACUAUGGACUGACUGUGGAACCCACAAGGGACCCAACUAACUCCCCUGUGGGACACCCACAA